GGUUUGGCCAGGGUAGACCGUAAUUGUAAAAAUAAGAAUUUGUUCUUUAACUGACUUGCCUAGUUAAAUAAAGGUUAUACGCAACACACAAGCGCGAGAGUCACUCGGGAUCUCAUUAACUACCGGGCUCGAGGCACGAGUUCUGUUUCGUUCAUUGAUCCGCGUCUCUUUUAAAAACUCCUUUCUUGCCCGGUAUUCUCACUCACACACACCCGGUCCCGGUCGAUCCUAUCCCACACUAUGUAGUGUGGCGUGAACCGGUUUCGUGUUUAUUUCUCUCUCUCGGUUAUGGACUACAUUUGAGAGCGAGAGGAGAGGGAGAAAAGAAAGCCAGAACCGAGAAAACAAAUGUCUAGGCUACUCUACAACAACAUCAUGGACUCUGUUCUCCUCUCAGUCGUUACACUAGUAGUUGUUUUCGCCUCCUCUCCCUACUCUCUUUCUUCCUCCGACGUCGUUCCCUCUCCUUCCUUCAAUCUACCGUUUACCGACUGUGUCCAGAGCCGCGGGAGAGACGGGUUCUACCAAGGGGCUGUGGACGUGACGGAGUCCGGUGCGGUGUGUAUGAGGUGGAGCGAGGUAGCGGGGUUUGAGGAGCGCUAUCCGGGUAGAGGGCUUGGGGAUCAUAACCGCUGUCGGAACCCGGACAACAGGAUCAGACCCUGGUGCUUCUUCAGGAACAGCCGCGGCAGAACCGACUGGGGCUACUGCGACUGUAAACAAGGGUCAGUGCGCCUGCAGGGCGGCCGCUCUAAGCUGGAUGGCAGGGUGGAGGUGUAUCUACAGGGGGUCUGGGGGUCUGUCUGUGGUGAUGACUGGGGAGAGCAGGACGCUACAGUGGUCUGCAGACAGCUGGGACAGGGUUUCUCUGGCCGAGCGCGCUCCUCCGCCCUAUCUCCCCGAGGGGGUGUGGUCAGAAUGCACUGGGGGGCGGUCCACUGUCAGGGGGAGGAGCCUGAUAUACUGCAGUGUCCCAGUGUUCCAUGGAACGGAGGGGAGUGUCCCCACGCUGCAGCCGUCACCUGUACCCCAAUGGAAGUGGUAGCGUUGGUGCCAGUGAGGUUGGUGGGGGGGGUGUCAGCGUGGGAGGGGCGUGUUGAGGUUUUCCACGGGGGAGUGUGGGGAUCCGUCUGCGACGACCAAUGGGAUGAGAGCGACGUGGAGGUCGUCUGUCGACAGCUGGGCCUGGGGGGUGUAGCACGAGCGUGGGGUCAGGCGUAUUUCGGUGCGGGGUCAGGCAGGGUGUGGCUGGAUGAGGUGAGCUGCACGGGGAACGAGCUGACCCUGGAACAGUGUCCUAAAGCUGCCUGGGGAGAACACAACUGUCUCCACUCUGAAGAUGCAGGUGUCUCCUGUACCCCUCUCACUGGUGUCCCGGUGAGGCUGGUAGGAGGGGAGAGCGUUAAUGAGGGGAGAGUAGAGGUGUACCUCCAGGGGACCUGGGGGACGGUGUGUGACGAUGGAUGGACAGACGUAAACGCAGAGGUGGUGUGUCGACAGCUGGGAUACAGUGGAGUGGCGAAGGCCCGUGUGAUGGCGUAUUUUGGCGAGGGGGAGGGGCCUAUCCAUGUGGACAACGUGAAGUGUUCCGGCGAAGAGCGUUCAUUGGUCGACUGCCUCAAACAGCCAACCGGGACGCAUAACUGUCGCCAUAGCGAAGACGCCGGGGUCAUCUGUGACUACGGCCAAUCACAGUUCAGCGACACAGAGGGCAAAGGUACGGUGGAGUCUGUGUUAGAUCCUGUCUGUGGGUUGAGGCUGAUACAUACACGCCAACGCAGAAUCAUAGGAGGAGAGAACUCACUGAGGCAUGGUAACAUUACUAAACAGUACAAGGUGAGGGUUGGAGAUUACCAUUCUCUGGUUCCCGAGGAGUUUGAGGAGGAGUACGCCGUCGAUCAGAUCGUCCUGCACCCUAGCUACCGUUCCCACAGCAACGACUACGACCUGGCCUUGGUGCGUCUGUCACCGGGAGUGGCGGGGAAGGGCCGCGGUCGAUGUGUGGCGUUCAGUCGGCACGUCCUGCCCGCCUGUCUGCCGCUACGCAAGGAGAGAGUCCUGAAACAGGCUUCCAACUGUCACAUCACAGGCUGGGGGACACAG